CAUACAUCAUGUUUUCCAUCUCGACAAAGCUGGGAAUAGCAGGAAAUAGCAAAGCAACAAUGAUGUCUUCACAGAUAAGUUCAGCUAUGCAAGCAUGCAAAAUUUCAAAUUUGCGAACAUUUUCUACUUCAAUUUCACGACUUGCUCCAACCAACAGCACCGGCAACCGACUACCAUCUCCUCGCAACAAUAACCUUUACACACCAAGAGCAGCAAAGCAAGGAGGGCCCGCCUUGGGAGGUGCACGGCAAAAUAAUAAGACUGAAAGAAGAUUCUUGCAAGGUCGCAAUUACGCACCUAAGAAUUUGAACAUGGAACACCUUAAUGCCGAAAGAACAAGAAGAACACCACCUCUUCUAGGACCUUCAAGAGCGAUGGCCGAGAGGAAUGAUGAUAUUUUCAAGUUAGGUCUAAAGCCUGGUCAUGUGUCACUACAUGAUGAUUCGUACAAGAAUCCAGUCUUGCUUUCAAAUUACGUUAGUGUGAUGGGAAAGAUUAAACCGAGAAGAUCUUCGGGACUCACACGAAGAAGUCAGCGUGAAGUAGCAAAAGCAAUCCGUCGUGCACGAAACAUGGGUCUUAUGCCAGUCAUGAGCAAGAUGCAGUAUAAAGCAUGGAGUUGAUAGCAAGGGGUAUUGAAAAAUGUAUGAUAGAAAAAAGAUCUGACUGGAUAUAAUAUCGAGCACUUAAACGCUCUCGCCUUUCUUCUU